UGAGUGUGUGUGGGAGAGGAAGCGAGAGUGCGUGCGUGUGUCUGUGUGUGUCUGCGUGUGAGUGAGUGAGUGAGUGGAUUCCAGAUUUUCUGUCUUUCCCAAACCCGCUCCUGUCCUCUCGCAUAUCACUCACAGACGGAGAUCUGACAGCAGCCACAAACCCACCGUGAGUGAUCGUGAUCGCUCCGCGCGGAUCCGCCAUCGAGACCGAGGAGGAGGAGGAGAGGAGGUGGAGGAGGAGGAGGAGGGGAAGAGGAGGAGGAGGAAGAAGAAGAAGAAAAAGAAGAAACCCACUACCUUCCCGGGAUUGCUUUUUCUCGUCCUUAUCUUUACGCGCGCGUGUGCGUGUGGCGCGUGUGCGCCCGCCGUCCUUUCCAUCUGAACCCGGUCUUGGAUGUUUAAUAAAGAAAUCAAGUGUCUCACCAGUCACCACAAAAAAAAAGCAAAAACAAAUAUAUAUAUAUAUACAUCCAAAAGCCAAAACAAAAACAGAGAGAGGAAAAAAACCCAAAACAAACAAACAAACAAGGCAGAACCAACCUCCACUGCGAGCCAGCCGGCACCAGCCACCGUGUCUGCCGCCCGGAGAGGGGGGUCUCCGGCCCGUGGUGGCGGAGUUGCAGGGGGGAUCGUCAGGGGGACAGAGGCCGAGUGACGUCCUAGGAGCCACCGGGCAAGACACGGAGGAGACCCAGAGAGGCGAGAGAGACAGCGGGCCCCGCGCGCGGCUCGGGGCUGGGGCGCCAGAAGUGGGACUGGAGCGAAAGUAGAGCGAUGCCAAGGAGGAAACAGCAGGCACCCAAGCGGGCAGCAGGCUACGCCCAGGAGGAACAGCUGAAGGAAGAGGAGGAAAUAAAAGAAGAAGAGGAGGAGGAGGAGGACAGUGGUUCAGUAGCUCAGCUUCAGGGCAGCAAUGACACAGGGACAGACGAGGAGCUAGAGACUGGCCCAGAGCAGAAAGGCUACUUCAGCUGCCAGAACUCUCCAGGAAGUCAUUUGUCCAAUCAGGACGCGGAGAACGAGUCCCUGCUAAGCGAUGCCAGUGACCAGGUGUCAGACAUCAAGAGCAUCUGCGGCCGAGAUGCCUCGGACAAGAAAGCGAAUGCUCACCCCAAGCUUCCGCACGAAGCACACAACUGCAUGGAUAAAAUGACCGCCGUCUACGCCAACAUCCUCUCUGAUUCCUAUUGGUCAGGCCUGGGUCUCGGUUUCAAGCUGUCCAAUAGCGAGAGGAGGAACUGCGAUACGCGCAAUGGCAGCAACAAGGGUGACUUUGACUGGCACCAAGAUGCGCUAUCCAAAAGCCUGCAGCAGAACUUGCCUUCCAGAUCCAUCUCUAAGCCCAGCCUCUUCAGCUCGGUCCAGCUGUAUCGUCAGAGCAGCAAGAUGUGCGGGACCGUGUUCACGGGGGCCAGCAGGUUCCGCUGCCGGCAGUGCAGCGCUGCCUACGACACCUUGGUCGAGCUAACUGUGCACAUGAAUGAGACGGGCCACUACCAAGAUGACAACCGCAAAAAGGACAAGCUGAGACCCUCGAGUUAUUCAAAGCCCCGGAAAAGGGCUUUCCAAGAUAUGGACAAGGAGGAUGCUCAAAAGGUCCUGAAAUGUAUGUUCUGUGGGGACUCCUUCGAUUCUCUCCAAGAUUUGAGCGUCCAUAUGAUAAAAACAAAGCAUUACCAAAAAGUGCCUUUGAAGGAGCCAGUACCAACCAUUUCAUCGAAAAUGGUCACUCCGGCGAAGAAGCGUGUUUUCGAUGUCAAUCGGCCUUGCUCCCCAGAUUCAACCACCGGAUCUUUUGCGGAUUCUUUUUCUUCUCAGAAGAACGCCAACUUGCAACUGUCCUCCAAUAACCGCUAUGGCUACCAAAAUGGCGCCAGCUACACCUGGCAGUUUGAGGCCUGCAAGUCCCAGAUCUUAAAGUGCAUGGAGUGUGGAAGCUCCCACGACACUUUGCAGCAGCUCACCACCCACAUGAUGGUUACAGGUCACUUUCUAAAGGUCACCAGCUCUGCCUCCAAGAAAGGGAAGCAGCUGGUGUUAGACCCACUGGCAGUGGAGAAAAUGCAGUCCUUGUCAGAGACCCCAAACAAUGAUUCUCUGGCUCCCAAGCCAUCGAGUAACUCCACAUCUGACUGCACGGCCUCUACCACCGAGUUAAAGAAAGAGAGUAAAAAAGAAAAGCCAGAGGAGAGCAACAAUGAGGAGAAAGUCGUGAAAAGCGAGGAAUAUGAAGAUCCUCUACAAAAGCCUUUAGAUCCGACCAUAAAAUACCAGUAUCUAAGGGAGGAGGAUUUAGAAGACGGCUCAAAGGGUGGAGGGGACAUUCUGAAGUCGCUCGAAAAUACUGUAACCACAGCCAUCAACAAAGCCCAAAAUGGGGCUCCCAGUUGGAGCGCGUACCCGAGCAUCCACGCGGCCUACCAGCUGUCAGAGGGCACCAAGCCCCCCUUGCCCAUGGGAUCCCAGGUUCUGCAGAUUAGACCUAAUCUCACCAACAAGUUAAGGCCAAUCGCACCGAAGUGGAAAGUCAUGCCGCUCGUGUCUGUGCCGACCAGCCUGGCCCCGUACACUCAAGUGAAGAAGGAGUCGGAAGACAAAGACGAGGUGGGGAAGGAGUGCGGGAAAGAAAGUCCCCGGGAAGAGGCCUCCUCGUUCAGCUACACUGAGGGGGACUCCUUCUCCAAAAGCGAACCACCCUCGGAAUCCAAAAAGGCUGAGCCGUGCCCCCCGAAAGAAGAGGACAAACUCCUGAAAGACAGCAGUGAGAAAGAGAAGCCGCAGUCCUUGGAGCCGGUGUCUUCUCUUAGUAACGGAUGUGCCCUUGCCAACCACACUCCGGCCCUGCCGUGCAUCAACCCACUCAGCGCCCUGCAGUCCGUCUUGAACAAUCACCUGGGCAAGGCCACAGAGCCCCUGCGCUCUCCCUCCUGCUCCAGCCCAAGCUCAAGCACAAUUUCUAUGUUUCACAAGUCCAGCCUCAGCGUCAUGGACAAGCCGGCCCUGAGUCCCGCCUCCUCCAGGCCGGCCAGUGUGUCCAGGCGCUACCUGUUUGAGAAUAACGACCAACCCAUCGACCUGACCAAGUCCAAAAGCAAGAAAGCCGAGUCCUCGCAAGCACAAUCCUGUACGUCCCCACCGCAGAAGCACGCUCUGUCUGACAUCGCUGACAUGGUCAAGGUCCUUCCGAAAGCAACCACGCCCAAGCCUGCCGCUUCCUCCAGGGUUCCGCCCAUGAAGCUGGAGAUGGAUGUCAGGCGCUUUGAGGAUGUCUCCAGCGAGGUCUCCACUUUGCAUAAAAGGAAAGGCCGGCAAUCCAACUGGAACCCUCAGCACCUUCUGAUUCUGCAAGCCCAGUUUGCCUCGAGCCUCUUCCAGACAUCGGAGGGCAAAUACCUGCUGUCCGACCUGGGCCCGCAAGAGCGUAUGCAAAUCUCCAAGUUUACAGGACUCUCCAUGACCACUAUCAGCCACUGGCUGGCGAAUGUCAAGUACCAGCUUAGGAAAACAGGCGGGACAAAAUUUCUGAAAAACAUGGACAAGGGACACCCCAUCUUUUACUGCAGUGACUGUGCGUCCCAGUUCAGAACCCCUUCCACCUACAUCAGUCACUUAGAGUCUCACCUGGGUUUCCAAAUGAAGGACAUGACCCGCAUGGCCGUGGACCAGCAAAGCAAGGUGGAGCAAGAGAUCUCCCGGGUGUCGUCGGCUCAGAGAUCUCCGGAAACAAUAGCUGGCGAAGAGGACACAGACUCUAAAUUCAAGUGUAAGUUGUGCUGUCGGACUUUUGUGAGCAAACAUGCGGUAAAACUCCACCUAAGCAAAACGCACAGCAAGUCACCCGAACACCAUUCACAGUUUGUAACAGACAUGGAUGAAGAAUAGCUCCGCAGGUAUGGGUUUGCUCCCAGGUGAUGGUGACAGCAGCCUUAUGAGGAGCUUGUUGAAAGGAGAUGGGUCUGCUUAGAGGCAGCUGAUGUCUCCCGAGGCCAAGCAGGACAGUAGCUUGCUGCCGUAGACUUAUUUUUAUGAAAGACCAGAACAUGAUAAAUAAGUCUACCCGUUCUCUCAAGUCCUCCAGUGUACAGAGGGGAGUUAGGGUAAGAUGGAUUUAGAGAGGGGAAGUCCACAGAUGAUGUGGCUUCUAGGCCUUCGUGAUACAUAAUUCCCUUAAUACCCAAGACCCAACCUCCAGGGUCCAGCCAAGGCUCCCCUUCAGAGCAAUUAACAAGUGCUAGCUUCUCUCACCAUUCCGUUUCACCACCCUGCCGUCAUCCCUUAGCAAUGCUAAUGACUUACAGAGUGGUACAAAGGUGAGCAACAGAAUAAAGAUGGGAGAGUUGCUAAGGGCAGUCACUAGACAGAUUUCUUAAUCAGCUCACAAGUAACUUAAAGUUGUCUUUACUAUUCUUACAUGUAAUUAAUGCUUUUUGCAGCUUACUUUUUAGCAAUUGCUCCCUUCCACCUCCCUCCCUUUAUUUCCUACAUUAAUUCUCCUCCCAAAGAGCACAUGUCUUUAAGGAGAUGGUAGAAAAAUACUCUUCUCUGCAGAUCAUUAAAAUGAAAGAGAGAAGGCUAUUUUCUUCUCACAUCUUUUGUUUUCUUUAGGGUAGACUAAUAUCAAAGUCCACCUUUAGCAAAAUUAGAUGCAAUGCUUGCCCUUCAGAUUUUAUUUCACAUUAAGAAACAAAUGGCUCUCUGCAUACCUAUGCACAAAGCACAGGGGGCCCAGAGUGUUAAGACAAUUUGCAUCACGUAGCACAAAAGUUCAUACCUUUUGUAGUCACUGACACCCAACUAUGUCAACUCCAGAUAAAAGGUCAGAGACCAAUGUCAAAUACCUUGGCAAAUUAGAAACACAAGCCACUCUCAGAUGCUGAGCAUAAGGAAGGCUGGAUCUUAACAAGUAUCUCUCAUCUCCUUUUUUUGUAUCUCCUCUACCUCCUUUUCUCUCCCCUCCAGCAUGAUGCCCCCAGAUGCUACAGAUCCUCACAUAUAGUCAAGCUGUCCUUCACCCAGGGCCCCACUGCAACAUGAGGACCCAACAUGAGCUAAACUUGUUGCACAUACCAGUCCAGUUUGUGUCAUUCUGCAGUACAUAUUUGCUCUUGAUUAAUUCACAAUAUGAUAGAGAAAGCUAAUGAUCACUUACUAGACAAGCCCUUAACAUCCCCUAUUGUCCAAGCCUUUGCUUAUAAGCAGUUGACUCUCCGAUCAAGUCACACAGGUUUGGACAUUAAGUGAGUUCCAGGUGGAGGGGGCAUUUGUAUGGCUUUGGGCUCACAUCACAGAGGUAGAGAGAUUUCCUUCUGAGUGUGAGAAUGCCCAAGAUGAAACAAAUGGUUGAAAUAUCUGAUCUGGAACUCUUUCCUUAGUGAGAUCUAAGCUUCUGAUUUGGACCCAAAUGAAAACCAUAUCUUUUGUUUGCAUGUCUUUAUCAUGAGAAUUAAAUGUUACUGGCAGAUUCAUCUCUUGGUUUCCAGCAUGACUUGUCCAGCUCACCCCAUGGAGAGAAAAGCCGAAAAGCAUCUAUUGAAUCUACACGAGUUUGGGGCUCUGCGACAGCCUAUUUAUUUGCUAUAGAACAUUUUAAAUUUUAUGUAACUUGCUAUUAUGCUUUUCGGGUGCUUUUUUAUAAAAAAAAAAAAAAAAAAAAGGUGGACAUAAACAGAGUACCCUAAAAAAAAGAUGGUGUUUCAAAUCCAAUAGUAGUGCAUCCCAUCCAUGGCAAAGAGGACAAAUAGGUAAUGUUUAUUUUGUGCUAUAAUAAAGACCAAUUUUCCACCUGU